AUGUUUUCCUCAUCCAAAACGCAAGACAGACUUCGACGGUCUAUGUCCACUCGCUCCAUGAGAAGAAGCCGCCCCGUCUCAGAUACUGAUAGAUUCGACCCAGAGCUUGCCAAAGCCCAAGCAACGGCUGCAGCUUCACGAGCCAUGCGCCCUAGUGGUCGCUCAUCAAAUGAAUCAUCGAAUGCUUACGAUCGCCUCGGAGGCCCUUUACUUGUAGCAGUCCCUCGGCUUCGUCCCAAUUCGAGCCUUCGCUACGCUGGAGACAGGAUUUCACUUCCCGCAUCUGCCACACGUCCAGUCACACCUUGUCCAUUUUCAGGUGCUCAUGGAACAACUUGCGCUCCUGAUGGUGAAGAUCCAGCUAUACUCCGACCAAUUAAUGAGUUUGGAGGUCUGGAUGGUCGUGAUAGUUCCUUACCUUCAUCAUAUCGCCGACUGCGCAAAGCCAAAUCCAUGUUUUCAACUCGACAGCGCUUGUCGUAUUUCACGCAUGGAGCACCCUCCAUCCCGAAAAGAGGCUCUUGCGAUCCCGAUAGCUCUGCCUUUGAGCUUCCACGGACAUUGCGGCACUCAGACUCGGUUUCUUACAUUAGAGGUAUCAGCCAAAGUUCUCGAGAAGUUCGACCUGCCAAGAGUCAGGAUGCCAUUCAGCUCGCACGUGAAAAGUUCUUCAAAGAAUCUAGAUCUGCAGGUAUUCAACCCAGGCGCUCAUCCUUCUUCUCGUCGCGGCACGGUAAAGAGCACAAGCCGUUUCGAAAGUCAUUCCGUCUCUCGAGUGGGAGUGGUAUUGGAGCAAGUCCUGAGCAGAUCAACAUGAAAUUAUCGCGUGAAAGAGCCCGUACUAUCUCUGCAACCAUCAAGCAUGGUCUUCGCCGUGUCUUUGGUUUCUCCAAGACUGCUGAGCAGCGUGCUAUGUCCCGUUCGGAAUCCAACGCCUCGGAAAGUUCCGUUGUGGUUACAGCUUAUAUGGGAGGCAAGACUAGCGGAGCGAAUGUGAUUGAAAAUACCACAGAUUCCAGCUCUCUACGGGCCUCGAUGCAGCAUUCUCCCAGCCGCGGCAGCAUUUGCACAUCAAACUCACGGGUCACCAGUUGGGCAGAUUCUACUGUUGCAAAUACUGUAACCACUCGCAAUACCGGGCGCCCCAUAUCAUCAUCCUUUGCCAAUGAUCUACCUCAGUUGUCUAGCCAUCAUUCUACAACCUGUCAGUCUUCGUCACAUAUGAGGGGAAGCUCCCGCAAAUUGGAUGGAUCAAACUACAGUCAGGACUUGUAUGCAGCAUUGGUACAGCAGAUGGAAAGAGAUACUAGGGAUGACCCUGAGCAAGAGAUCGUCCUUGGCAAUGUGUCAGAGCACCGUGUCCCUGCCCGUACUUCCUCGGUUUACUCCCACCACAGCAAGCGCACUGUCUGUAAUGCCCCCAGCAUCGUAUCAGUUUCACCCAGAUCCUUUGCGACAGCACGGGGUGACUCAUUGUCACCGCAGAAGCAUAAUUUGCGGACAAUUCGGCCUAUCCCUCCAACUCUAAUAUCUCGCUAUGGGCCAAGUCAAGAGAAAAGUCGACCCUCUUCUUAUUUGAACAAAGGAAUAGCGACUUCACCAUACACUAUCGGUGAAGAGUCAGACGAGGACAUUGAGAGUGCGAUUCUCUCUCGUUUUGGGCCCCCAGUGAAAAGAUCAUUCAGUCCAUCCAGCACAUACUCACGAAGCAGCGGUCAUCUUGCAAUAGCAGAAGAUUCUGAUUGUGCCACACUUUGCGGCUCAGAAGCCGAAGAGCCGGGAACAGCAACCAUUUUUGCUUCCGAGCGAACAGUCUAUGGUUCGCCAACACGUCUUACUGGGCCCGUUCCUCCCAGGGCUUACUUUCAGCCAAGUGCGGACUGGAAGCAGUGGAUGAACACACAGGUUGGGAGAAUUGACCGCACAAGUCCGGUAACAGGGCAUUUCCGAGAGGAUGCCCAAUUUGAAGAUGAUAACGAGUCUCUCACCAACAUGCUGCGACAAGUACCUGUCCCCAACACAGACUUCACUGAUCUCUCGAAAAAAAUUAAUUCCCAUGAAUACGUCAAUAUGCAGCCGUUGGUUGAUCGGAAGCCGUCGCUCCAGAGCAAUUUCUCCCGUCCGUUCAGUCGAUCUUCGAGUGUGCGGACCAUCAAGCCAGGACCCAAUGGGGAGCUUGAUUAUACCUGCAAGGGCUCCUCCAGCAUCACCACCAGUACCAAUGAAAACGGUCCACCUAGAAUCGGACAAGUUCCUGUUCCAAUGCUGUCACCCAUGCGCAUGAGAUCGCACAAUUCACCCGAAAUGCUCGAGUCUCCUACGCCUUCACCUCGCUAUACUGGUCCUGUCUGUGAGCUGCAGAAGCCUAAAUGGUCGCAGGAGCAGUCUCAGCGCAACUCAAUUCGACGCCCAAUCGCCACAGGAAGAGCUGGUCAGUUUCGGUCAGUGCGAUCACACCGCGACUCUCGUGGACUCAACAAUGAAAAUAAGAGGCAGCAGGAGGAACAUGAUGAUAUCAUGAGUGAAUAUUACAAGCUCCAUGAACUCCGCCCUACAUUCUCCAGUAAACGCAUGGUGGAUAUGUUUUUGGACAGUCGGCGUCACCCAGAUGGAACGGUCUCUGGUAGUAAAGACGAUGUUUUUCUUUAA